AUGGCGGCAGCGAGCGUAGCGAAUCCUGGCCGUGGAGGCGGUAGGAGAGGCGGUGGACCAAUGGACGAUGACAAGUUGGUCUUCGAGACGACGGAAGGGAUCGAGCCCAUCACCAAUUUCAAUGAUAUGGGGAUUAAGGAGGAUGUGCUUCGCGGCGUCUACGAGUACGGUUUCGAGAAGCCCUCUGCUAUCCAGCAGAGAGCUGUGAUGCCGAUUCUCCAAGGGCGCGAUGUAAUUGCUCAAGCUCAGUCCGGUACCGGAAAAACCUCCAUGAUUGCUCUCUCCGUCUGCCAAAUCGUUGACACUUCGUCUAGAGAGGUUCAGGCUUUGAUAUUAUCUCCAACGAGAGAGCUGGCUAAACAAACGGAGAAGACGAUUCAAGCCAUCGGAUUGCACGCAAAUAUUCAGGCGCACGCGUGCAUCGGUGGGCAGAGCGUUGGAGAGGACAUCAGGAAGCUGGAGCAUGGUGUCCACGUCGUGUCCGGGACACCUGGCCGUGUCUGUGACAUGAUAAAGAGGAGAAGCCUGCGCACCAGAGCUAUUAAACUUCUGAUUCUUGAUGAAUCAGAUGAAAUGCUCAGCAGAGGAUUCAAGGACCAAAUCUAUGAUGUUUACAGAUAUCUUCCACCCGAUCUUCAGGUUUGCUUGGUUUCUGCAACUCUUCCUCACGAGAUUUUGGAGAUGACAAGCAAGUUUAUGACGGAACCAGUGAAGAUACUUGUGAAGCGUGAUGAGUUGACUCUUGAAGGGAUUAAACAAUUUUUUGUUGCUGUUGAGAAGGAGGACUGGAAAUUUGAUACGCUUUGUGAUCUUUAUGACACACUUACUGUCACUCAAGCUGUUAUCUUCUGCAAUACAAAACCAAAGGUGGAUUGGCUAAGUGAGAAAAUGAGGACUAACAACUUCACCGUCUCAUCAAUGCACGGUGACAUGCCUCAGAGGGAAAGAGACGAGAUCAUGAGGCAGUUCCGGUCAGGUGACAGUCGUGUUUUGAUCACAACCGAUGUAUGGGCACGUGGGAUUGAUGUGCAGCAGGUUUCUCUUGUCAUCAAUUAUGAUCUCCCCAACAACCGUGAGCUCUACAUCCAUCGUAUUGGACGGUCUGGUCGUUUCGGGCGCAAGGGUGUUGCGAUCAACUUUGUUAAAAGCGAUGACAUCAAGAUCCUCAGGGACAUUGAGCAGUACUACAGUACCCAGAUUGACGAGAUGCCAGUGAAUGAAGUGUCUGAAUGA